UACGAAAUAAACAAUGAGAACCGGACAUUUCUCUCCAUCGCGGCCUAGUUCACCUUUACAUUCUUCUACUACUUCUAACGACUCCCCUUCACGUCAUACCUUUUCCCAAACUUUAAUGGAGGAUACAAUUAACGAAGCUGGAGUAAUCAUAAAAAAAUGGGAUCUGGAUACUUCCUCGUCUACUUCAUACAAUAGAGUCGCUAAUCUUUUCAGAGAUUAUCGCGAAGAAGCACUAAAAUUUCUGGAUGCUGUUACCAACUUGCAACAUGGUAUGCAUUUCGUUAUUAAAGAGUGUUCCAGCUCGGAACUUCUUGUUCAGGCUCAAAAUCUCAUGCAAAUUGCAAUGAAGAGACUUCAAAAGGAAAUGUACACCAUUUUAUCAGGGAAUCGCUAUUUCCUAGACUCUGAAACUCUGUCAACUCGAUCCUCAAGACAAUCAACACGGUCCAGUGUUUCCGAUGAGGAUGAACAUGAGGAUGAGAUAACUAAUACCGAGGUAUCACCUCGAGCUUCUGAGGUUGAGAUAGUUUCUGAACUUGUGAUGGCGAAUUUGAAAGCUAUAGCAGAUUGUAUGAUUGGUGCUGGUUAUGGAAAAGAGUGCGUUAAGAUUUAUAAUCUCAAUCGAAAAUCAGUGAUCGAUGAAACGUUGUAUUAUUUGGGCGUUGAAAAGUUAACCUCCUCACAAAUUCAGAAAAUGGAUUGGGAAAUGUUGGAGAAGAAGACGAAGAAUUGGUUAGGUUCUGUGAAAAUAGCAGUGAGUACUCUGUUCCAUGGCGAGAAGAUUCUGUGCGAUCAUGUUUUCUCCGCCUCUGAUGCAAUAAAAGAAACUUGUUUCUCCGAAAUUGCUAGAGAAAGUGCUAUCACUCUUUUUGCAUUCCCAGAAAUGGUAGCAAAGUAUAAGAAAUUAUCUCUUGAGAAAAUGUUCACUGUGCUCGAUCUCUACAACUCAAUUUCCGAGCUAUGGGAUGAAAUCGAGUUGAUUUUCAGCUUCAGUUCGUUUGAGAUUGUUAAAUCUCAGGCGAUGGCGUCACUGGUGAAACUCGGGGAAGCCGCUCGAUUAAUGCUUUCGGAGUUCGAAUCGGCGAUUCAGAAAGAUACAUCGAAAGCAAAGGCGGGAGGCGGUGUCCAUCCUCUAACCCGCUACGUCAUGAACUACCUCGUUUUCCUCGGCGAUUACAGCGGUGCUUUUGCCGAAAUCAUCGGGGAUUUGCCGCUUUCAGUUCAAUCGCCGUUGCCGGAAUCUUACUUCAUGAGUCCAAUUCCCGACGAAGAUGACUCACCGUCCUCCGCCGUCUCCGUCAGGCUAGCGUGGCUCGUCCUCAUCCUCCUCUGUAAACUCGACGGAAAAGCUCAGCUCUAUAAGGACGUUUCGUUAUCCUAUCUGUUCUUAGCGAACAACUUAAACUACGUCGUUUCGAAGGUGAAGAAAUCAAAUCUGAAGUUUCUACUUGGAUCAGAUUGGUUAUCAAAGCACGAAAUGAAGAUUAGACAGUACAUAUCAAACUACGAGAGGAUGGGAUGGAACAAAGUGCUGACGUCAUUGCCGGAGAAUUCAACGGCGGAGAUGUCUUCGCCGGAAGCAAGAGAAUGGUUUUUCAAAUUCAAUUCGGGUUUUGAAGAAGCACACCGAGUACAGAGUUCAUGGGUUAUACCCGACCCGAAACUCCGAGACGAAGUUAAGAUAUCAUUGUCUAGAAAGAUUGUUUCGGGUUAUCGGAUCUUUUACGAGAAGUACAGGGAAUCACUGAGAAGUGGCGGAGUGAAGUCGGUUGUCAGAUUUGCCCCUGACGAUUUGCAAAAUUACUUGUCGGAUUUAUUCUAUGGCACUGGGCAGUCGGAGCAAGGGACGACGGCGUACGGCUCAGCUUCGCCGUCGGUAUCAAUUUCAACGGCGUCAUCUCCGUCACAUGGCCGCUAA